AUGUAUGAGGUGUCCACAGAAUGCGGCCAGAUCCUCAGGAGGCACAUCGACCAGCUCAGGCGGCGAAUGCUUCCAGAUCACGGGCAGGCAGAGGUACCGAGACAGCAGACCGAACUAGAGGAGGACUCCCCGGAGGCCCCGCACAUCACCCCGCCUGCACCAGAGAGCUCACUCCGGAGCACCCAGCCCCCGUCUACAGAAGAGAGGCCCCCUGAGCCAGAACCUGCAGCCGCGGAAGCCCCGGCGCCACCUUUAACGCCCGCUCCGGAGGGUAGGCCCGUCAGAGUCCCCAACCGCCUGCCCGGCCUCAUUGCCUCACCCACCACCCAGGGAGGGAGGAAGGGCAGCCAGCACUGGCCAGCCACCUGCCCAACCAGCGUGCCUGCCUCGGGCUUUGCCAUGGCUGAGCGGGCGCGUCUUGGGGGGGGGGGGGGGCUACCCGGGCGUCCCGUCCCCGAGGCGCUCUGGAGGCGCGGGGUGGUGCUGGUGGCCUGCGGGGAGCGGCACACGCUGUUCCUCCACCCCGACGGCGGCGUCUCCUCUUGCGGGGACAACGCCCGCGGCCAGCUGGGCAGGAGGCUCCCCGCCGGGCGGCAGCGCAGCUCCCGGCCAGAACAAAUCCAAGCGCUGGAAGCACAGACUAUCGUCCACGUAAGCUGCGGGAAGGAGCACUCGCUAGCCGUCUGCAGCAACGGAAGGGUUUUCUCUUGGGGAGCCGGCACUUUUGGACAGUUGGGCACUGGAGAACUUAAAGACCGCUUGAUCGCCAAGAAAAUAGAAGGCCUAUCUACAUGCAAAAUCAUACAGGUGGCCUGUGGACACUACCACUCAGUAGCCCUGACAAAAGAUGGCAGAGUCUUCUCCUGGGGGCAGAACAGCUACGGCCAGCUGGGAAUCGGUAAAGAAGUCUCUUCCCAAGGUCGGCCGCAGCACAUUCCUGCUCUGGAUGGCAUCCCGUUGGCCCAGGUGGCUGCAGGCGGGGCACACAGUUUUGCCCUCUCCCUUUCGGGAGUUGCCUAUGGAUGGGGAAGAAACCAUAUGCAUCAGCUGGGUCUAAGUCAGAGUGACCCCAAAGAGCAGGUCUUCAAGCCGCACUCAGUGGCUGCUCUGAGGAACCUCGAUGUGAUCUACAUUAGCUGUGGGGCUGAGCACACGGCUGUCCUCACGCAGGAUGGCAACGUUUUCACAUUUGGAGAUGAUUCUGCUGGGCAGCUGGGGCGGAGCUCUUCCACCCAGAAAACUGGCCCCCAAAGAGUUGACUGGAUUGGCGGUCCGGUUUCUCUUCUGGCAUGUGGAAGCUAUCACACUCUUGCUUAUAUCGCCGCUUCUGGUGAGCUGAUAUCUUUCGGACGUGGAUACAGGGAAUGUGGAACAGCUUCUUGCAAGCAGGAAGAGAUGCAGAACUUUAACAUUAGUGCACUUAUUUCUGCUAAUGAAUUGUUGGACGUCCCGGUAAAACAGAUUUUUGCUGGAACAUACGUCAGCUUUGCCAGCACAGUUCAACCACAGGUACCUAAAUACACAAAUGGAGCCUGCUGUGUAGAAACCUUGCCAAAGAUCAGCCAAUUGGACAGAGCACUGAUUGACAAGUGGAUGUCAGCGACAGCAGAAAGUGAAACUCGCCAGAAGGCGAAAAGAGAAAUAGAAGUCAUAUUUUCUUCACCUGCCUGUUUAACUGCAAGUUUCUUAAAACCUAGGUCUGCCCUGGAAAAUGGCUGCUGUAUAGCAGUUGAUCUACAAAAAGCAAGAGAGGUAUUCUGUGAGCUUACCAGAAGAGACUGGAUUGCUGGCAGGGUAAAGAAUCUCCUAGUUUAUGACAACAGGAUGGUGGGUGCCGUUGGUCUCGUUCUCUCUGCUGAACAAUUGAACCGUCUGAUCCCCUCCCUUCCGUUGACUUCUCCUCACCAAGAGGCCCUUUCUUGCUUCCUUCUGCUGCCCGAGUGCUCUGCCGCUCUUGAAGCACAGAACCUGCAGUCCUUGGCUCUGCCCUUCACAAAAGUCAUCAGCGGCAUGAGCAAGCGCUCUUCAGACCUUCUGGAAAAAUAUUGGCUGUCCUUGCCAGUGCCCUUUUUUGACAGAAUUGUUCAGAUGUUUAAGAAGGCUGUGGUGUCUCAGCUUCCUUACUACUUCAGUUAUCCCCUUUGCCAGGAAGUCAUUCCGAUCUUGGAAGUGCUUCAAAAACUAUUCAAGGUUAACAAGAAGGCGGGUUGCAAACUCCAGCUGAACCGAAUGAACCGCUUCUAUAUUGAUGACAUCUCCCAGAAAAUUAACCUUUUUGACGAUUUAGCCAGAUGGCACUCCUGGAUUGAUAACCUUACGCCUUUGUCUCUCAUCUCUUUCUGCCGCUUUCCUUUUGUUUACAAUCCCGUAUCCAAGAUGCAGCUAUUCGGCCUUGAGUCUUCUUUCGUGCAAGAGUGCAUAAAGAAAGAAGCUCACCAAAGAUUACUCUACAACCGACUGAACAGAGUUGAUGAAUACCCCAAAUUGCCUGUCUUUCUCUUGCGGGUACGGCGCCAUAACCUUCUAGAAGAUGCUUUUCAAAAAUUGAGUCGGGUGGAAGAUGUCUCUCUGAAAAUGCAAUUGUUGGUUCAGUUUGAAGGAGAAAUGGAUGGGCAUGAAACUAGAGGGAUGUUGGUUGAAUUCUUUUUGUCUGUGUUUGAGGAGAUGAGCCAUCCAGACUACGGGAUGUUUAUGUACUGUGAGAAGAAUUCUCCUAUGUGGUUUCGAACUAGGCCUUCAGCUGAGAUGAAAAGGUAUUACCUCUUUGGGGUCCUCUUUGGGAUGUGCCUCUACAAUAAGGUCAUGGCCAAUGUACCUUUCCCGCUUGCGGUCUUUAAAAAACUGAUGGACCAGAAGCCCUCCCUCGAUGACCUGAAAGAACUGAACCCAGUCUUGGGAAAGAUCCAACCUAUCAAUUUUUAUAUUGAUUUUCAGAUAUCCUGGGACAACGCAGAUGUAGAUUUGAUUCCAAAUGGCAGAUCAGUGGCUGUGAACAAUGCAAACAAGAAGGACUUUGUCAGCAAGUACGUAGAUUAUAUCUUCAACAAAUCCGUGGAAGGAGUUUUUGAAGAAUUCAAGAGGGGUUUUUAUAAAGUUGUGGUCAAACGGGUCAUUAACUUCUUUGAGCCCCAGGAGCUGAUGGACGUGGUCAUUGGGCUUACAGAUUACGACUGGGAAGUAUACGAAAAGAAUACUGUUUACUGGGGUAUAUAUAGUCCGACACACCCUACCGUCAGGAUGUUCUGGCAGGUUUUCCAUGAGCUAACUUUGGCUGACAAAAAAGGCUUUCUGUCGUUUGUUUCAGGAAUUAACCGGAUCCCAGUAGUGGGAAUGGAUGCCAUGGUGCUAACUAUUCACUCGCAUAAGGCGCUUUCAGAAGAUCACAUUCCUGAGGCUCAGGCCUGCAUUGGUCUUCUACUUCUGCCUCCUUAUUCCACAAUAGGAAGACUGAAGGAGAAACUUUUCCAGGCCAUCGAGAACAGCCGGGGCUUCGGCAAACAGCCAAACUGCUGAUCCAACAACACAGAUAGGAGCUUUGGAAUGAGAAUUUGGUAGUUUAGCCUUUCUUGGAUUGUUGAGAAAUUUAAGGAAAUCUGCAGGGCCUUCACGUGGUUUAAAUCUGUUGAUUGUCACUGAUUUCCUCUCAUAGUUCCUGAAGCUUUGGGGGUUUUUUUGCUUAUCUGUAGCCUGUUUUCCGAAAUACAUUAGUAAUUAAACAAUUUCAGUU